CCACCUCGCCCCCGCGCUCUGAGCCCCGGAGCUGGGCGCACGCCACGGGAGGGCACUGCGUGUACCCGCGCCACCAGGGGCCUCCGCGCGCCACCUGCGCUCGGGCCCCGCGCCCGUCCGCCAGACACCCGGCCUCCCGCCGUAGUGUGCCGGCUCCCCCGCGGCUCGGUGCGGUCGCGGACUGCGCUUGGACCGGGGCCCGCGUGCGGCCCGGGGCUCCCAGCUCCCGCUACUCUCGGAGGAGGCGGGGAGCGCCCGGCGGGGCCGGCGGGGCGGGGCGGGGCGGGGCUUGCCAAGGGCGCCACCGUCCCGGCGUCACGGCCCAGGUGCGCGUGCGGCCCUGCGCCUCCAGUGCUCGUGCGCUCGGGCGCACCUCGGGGUGCAACUUCUCGCGGCGGCCACACCUGGAACCGCGCCCCAAGGAGAGGCGGCCCUCAGGCUGGAGCGAGGCCGGGACGCGGGCGGGCGGCAGUGGAGCCUUGGGCGGCCGAGUGGAGGGCGCGAUGGCGCGGGGCCCGGGGCGCCCGUGCGCGCUGCUGCUGCUGUUGGUGAUCUGCUUUACCUUUGGAAGUGGACUUCACUUAGAGUUCUUUAACACAAGAAGAGAAAGCAAGCUGCUUCCUGGCCACACUCACCUGGUACGCCAGAAGCGGUCAUGGAUCACUGCCCCAGGGAAUCUCUGGGAAGGCGAGGAUCUGACCAAGAAGAAUCCCAUUGCCAAGAUACAUUCUGAUAUUGCAGAAAGCGGAGUAAAAGUGACAUACAAAUACACUGGAACAGGGAUCACAGAGCCUCCUUUUGGUAUAUUUGUCUUUAAUAAAGACACUGGAGAACUGAAUAUUACCAGAAUUCUUGAUCGGGAAGAAACACCAUUUUUUCUGCUAACAGGUUAUGCUAUGGAUUCAAAAGGAAACAAUCUGGAGAAACCACUAGAACUGCGCAUUAAGGUCCUUGAUAUCAAUGACAACAAGCCUGUGUUCACUCAGGAAGUCUUCACAGGCUCUGUUGAAGAGUUGAGUGCACCAUAUACACUUGUGAUGAAAAUUACUGCCACAGAUGCAGAUGAGCCCAAUACUAUAAAUUCUAAAAUUUCCUACAGAAUUGUGUCGCAGGAGCCUCCGUAUCCUGUAGUGUUCCACCUAAAUACAGAUACAGGAGAGAUUUUCACAACCAGUGCCUUGGACAGAGAGGAACACAGCAGCUAUUCUUUGACCGUGGAAGCAAAAGAUGGCUAUGGGCAAGUAACAGACCAUCCAGUCCACCAAGCUCAAGUUCAGAUUCGUAUCCUGGAUGUCAAUGACAAUAUACCUGUCGUGGCAAAUGGACUGCUCGAAGGGACGAUCAAAGAGAAUCAAGUCAACGUAGAAGUUACACGCAUAAAAGUCAUUGAUGCGGAUGAAGUAGGCUCUGAUAACUGGUUAGCAAAUUUUACAUUUGUAUCAGGAAAUGAAGGGGGUUAUUUCCACAUAGAAACUGACGCACAAACGAACGAAGGGAUUGUGACCCUCGUUAAGGAAGUAGAUUAUGAAACAAUGAAGAAUCUUGACUUCAAUGUUAUUGUCACUAAUAAAGCAGCUUUUCACAAGUCAAUUAUGAAUAAGUAUAAACCUACACCCAUUCCUAUCAAAGUAAAGGUGACAAAUGUGAAAGAAGGCAUUUCUUUCAAAAGCAGCACAAUUUCGGUUCAUGCUCGCGAAGGAAUGGAUAUAUCAAGCCAAAGCCAAUCCAUCGGAAAGUUUCAAGUUUUUGAUGAAGACACUGGACAAUCAGCUAAUGUAAAAUACGUAAAGGUGGAAGACAGAGACAAUUGGGUUUCAGUGGAUUCAGUCACAUCAGAAAUCAGACUUGUAAAAAUUCCUGAUUUUGAGUCGAGAUAUGUCCAAAAUGGUACAUACACUGUAAAAAUUAUAGCUGUGUCACAAGAUGAUCUUAGAAAAACCAUCACUGGCACCGUCCUUAUCAGCGUUGAAGACAUCAAUGACAAUUGCCCCACCCUGGUGAACCCCGUGCAGAGUGUCUGUAAGGAUGCACCGUAUGUGAACGUUACAGCACAGGACCUCGAUGGAUACCCCAACAGUUGGCCGUUCAGCUUCUCAGUCAUUGAUACACCACCUGGAACAGCAGCAAAGUGGAAAAUAAUACACCAAGAAAGUACCAGCGUGCUGCUGCAGCAGGAUGAGCACAAGCUCGGGAGAAGCAAAAUUCCGUUCCUGAUUACAGACAAUCAGGGCCUCAGCUGCCUGGAGAAGCAGGUCCUGGAGCUGACGGUGUGUGAGUGUCUGCACGGCAGUGGCUGUGUGGGCGCGCAGCGUACCUCCUACGUGGGCCUGGGGCCUGCAGCCAUUGCUCUCAUAAUCUUGGCCCUUCUGCUCUUGCUGCUUGUGCCAUUUUUGCUGCUGCUGUGUCAUUGUGGAGAGGGUGCCAAAGGCUUCACGCCCAUACCCGGCACUAUAGAGAUGCUGCAUCCUUGGAACAACGAAGGGGCUCCACCUGAAGAUAAGGUGGUGCCAGCGAUCCUGGCCGUCGAUCACGCGGAAAAUGCAACAGUAAGAAAUGAAGUGGGAAGUGCAAUGGCCAACGAAGGCACCAUGAAAGGAAGCAGCUCUACCUCCUUUUUCAAAGUGCAGCAAGACCAGACCAACAUGGAUGGGAGAUGGGAAGAACACAGAAGCCUCCUCGGCAAUGGCGCCACCCAGGUGACCGGCACAACAGGAGCCAGGCUGGGAGCUAAGACUUCGUGGAUCAGAGGAACCCUGGGGGCUUCCAGAGAGGUGGCUGGAGCCCACACCGCUGCCGCCGGUGUGGUCAGCGAGGAAUUCUUAAGAAAUUAUUUCACUGAUAAGGUAGCCUCCUACACUGAGGAAGAUGACAUUCACAUGGCCAAAGACUGCCUCCUGGUUUACUCCCAGGAAGAAACAGCAUCUCUGCACGGGUCCAUUGGCUGUUGCAGUUUUAUUGAAGGAGAACUGGACGACCGCUACUUAGAUGAUUUGGGACUGAAAUUCAAAACACUAGCUGAGGUUUGCUUGGGUCGGAAAAUAGAUGUGGAUAUGGAAAUUGAGCAGAGGCAAAAACUUGUCAAAGAAACAAAUUUGAGCACAGCUGCACACUCACUCUAUGAGCAAACCACAGUUAAUUCAAAGAAUACCUACUCUGGCGGCAGCUUGCCAGUUCCUAAACCCUUGCAGGAAGCCAGUGCAGAGAUGGUCACUCAGGAAGUAGUCACCGAGAAAUCGGUAUCUUCCAGGCAGGGUCACAAGGUGACACCACCUCCUCCUGACCCACUGGCUUCUGAUAAUAUCAUAGUGACAGAAACAUCCUACACCACAGGCUCUACUGUGUCACCAAGCACUGUGAUCCUGGCUCCCAGGCAGCCCCAGAACCUGAUCGUGACAGAGAGGGUGUACGCACCAGCUUCCACCUUGGUAGAUCAGCACUAUGCUGGGGAGGGGAAUGUCGUAGUCACUGAAAGAGUAAUCCAGCCUAGCGGGACCAUCCCUCAUCCUCUGCAAGGCUCCCAGCAUCUGCAUGAUGCACAGUACGUUAUGGUGACUGAAAAAGAAAGUAUCCUUGCACCCGGCUAUGGCGGGCAGCCCACCCUGGCCAUGCCCAAUGUAGGACAGAAUGUGACCGUGACAGAAAGAGUGCUGACCCCUGCUUCUGCUCUGGAUUCCAGGUACCAGAUUGCCUCUGAAGCCUCAGGGAAGGCUGGGACGGCUGUGAUUUCUGGGGCUGGAGUCCCUGGCCCUCUGCCACAUUCUGGUUUGGAAGGAUCUGGCCAUUCAAAUUCUACCAUUACCACAUCCUCCACCAGGGUCACAAAGCACAGCACUGUGCAGCAUUCUUACACCUAAGCAGCUGCCAGUGCCAGACACACCCAGAGUCUAGCUGGCAGAGACUGCGGGCAUAUUUUCUGUCUGCCUGGCUCUACGUGGGUCUCCCAACCGUGCAGCGGUGCGCAUGCAUUGAGCUUACAUUUUCUUUCUCAGUCACCAGUACUCAAAGGUCCACACUUUCUCUGCUUCCAGAAGCAUACUUCAGAAAUGCUUCAUGUAUCACAGUUGGCAUAGUGAUGAUGCCGUUAAGUGCCUUUUAGUGAGUUAUGCAAACAAUAUUCACAAAACAGAACAGAGUAAAUCUGCCUUCUGAGAAUUUAUCAGAUCAACACACUGCCAUCCAGGAGAGCAACCUAGGAGCGUGAUUGGGUCUCUUCAUGAACUGCAUCAAUAUUUCACAUCCAUGUUCUGUGUUCUCUAUGUUACUGCACCCAGCAGGUCAUCAACAGCUCACUCACCCAAAGAGCUACCUACAGUCCGGGGGCCGGUUUUGUUGGUGGUUUUCUUUUAAUUUGUGGGAAGUUGAUUAAACUUUUGAAUGCUAGGACGUAUGUGUCCAUAAUGUCACAUGCUCUUAAAAAUUCCAUUGUAUUUCCUUGUCUCGAUAGUCAUAAAAAAUUUGAAUACUUCAAAUUCGAUUGUGUAGUCCAGGACAAAAUUUGUAAAUAUAAUACAAUUUUACUACUUCUACUACUAAUAAUAUCCUACAGGGGAAUAGAAACCUCAGGAUGUUCUUAAUGGCUGCAGUGUAGUGCAGCUAAAUUAACCAGCCAUAUCCUUCCCCGUGGUAGGAACGAUGCCUAUUUCACUGCCUUAUGCUUUCAAUGACUCACAGAGUGCCAAAGAAUAUUUGUGAAUUAAACUGAAUUUUACAAACCAUUUUGUACAAUUGCCAAAAAUAUCAAAACACUUUUAGGCUUUGACUAGCUGGUUAUAACUUAGUACAUUAGGGGUAAAUAUCGUUAAGAGCCUUAAUUAUGUGACCUCAUUUUGCACAGUGACCUUGCCUUGUUUUUUUUUUAAAGUUACAUGAUCAGGUGUGGUGGUGUACGUCUGUCAUCCCAGCACUUGGGAAACCAAGGCAGGAAGAUCACUGUGAGUUGGAGGCCAGCCUGGGUUACACAUAGUGAGUUCAAGGCCAGUCUUGAGUACGUAGUGAGAUCCCAUCUCAAAAAACACAAAAAAUUUAAAAAUAAAAAUAGAAAAAGUCAUGUAGGUUGUUUGGCUCCUAAAUAAGAUUGUAUUUUAUUGUUCUUAGAAACAGUAAUGUUUCAAACUAUAUACAGAUAUCACUAAUUAAUAGAAGUAUUUGCAGCCACAGAAUAAUUUUCAUUAUUUUUAAAUACUGUCUCAUUUGUUGAUAUUUAAGAUAUUUACUAAAAAAUUGGAACUUUAAAGUUAUACUUUAGUAGACUUUUUAAAAUAUCAUUUACUUGAAUUGUGUAGGAUUUAUGCAACUCCGUUCAUUAACUGUAAUGUAAGGGCAAGUAUUUUUAGGCAUCAUAAGCUGUGGUUAAGAUGAAGGUCACUCUUCCAUGAUCUUGAGUUGUUUGCACCCUAUUUAGUGAUUUUUUUGUGAGUUUUUUUUUUAAUUGUCUUAUAUAUUUUGCCAAGGAUGCUACAGGAGUGUCUCAUUAUGACCUGUGUACUCCACACAAACAGAAGAUGGUCCGGGCUAAAAACCUUAACCUGUUUCUCACAUGUUCUAAAUGAUUUUCUUUGUUUCUGGAAAGGUGACUUGCGUUAGUGUUUACAUUUGUUCUGGGGAGAUUGUAUUUGUAUUUAAUAAAAGCAGUCCCUCCUUCA